ACAGAGCUUAAUCAGGAUCACACAACAAUAAUGAAUGGAAACACGUCGUAGCCAAGAAAGUUGAGCAGCAACUAAAGAAGUAACUGUCGGUGCGCGUUUUUGAAAGUUAUCAGCCGCAGGUGUUGGAAAAAGAGAUUUAAGUAAUGGAUUGGCCAGGCAGGUUAGAAAGUACUUUCUGGAAGAGAAAGCAGCUGUACUCUCAUAGUAACUUAUGAGUAUUUUGAAGGGAAACUACAGUGGGAUACACUGUAAAACCUGAACGCGUCAUUAUUUCAAUGCGUAAAUGGCAUUUUGGAACAGUUACGCGAUGUCAGUUUGGUGGAUUAUUUGGAUUUGAAUGAAACUUGUUGGAAUACUUUGGAGAUUUUUCAUCUUUUUGGGGAUUAUAAGCACUGAAAGAAGUUGAAGGAAGAUUUUUUUUUAAAGUGGAUUCUUAAAUAAAAGGAGAAGAUGGGGAAUAUAGAGAGUGUGGACGGCCAGUCUGAGAUGAAGCAUCACAUCAUGCCUCUGAAGGUGCCCAUGCCUGACCCCACCGAGCUGGAGGAGAAAUUUGCCAUUGUUUUGAAUUCUAUGAACCUGCCUCCAGACAAAGCCCGUCUGCUCAGACAGUAUGACAAUGAGAAGAAGUGGGACCUCAUAUGCGACCAGGAGAGGUUUCAGGUGAAGAACCCACCUCACACCUACAUUCAGAAGCUACGAGGAUACUUAGACCCUGGAGUUACACGCAAGAAGUUUCGGAGGCGUGUGCAGGAAUCUACAAAAGUCUUGAGGGAGCUGGAGAUAUCGCUGAGGACGAACCACAUUGGGUGGGUCAGGGAGUUCCUCAAUGAUGAGAACAGAGGUCUUGACGUCCUGGUGGAGUACCUUUCCUUUGCCCAGUGUGCAGUCAUGUUGGAUUUUGAGGGGCUGGAAAAUGGAGAGGAUGGCUUCUUGGACAAGGCUAAGUCUUGGAGCAGGUCCAUAGAGGAUCUGCACCAUACAAGCACCCAACCCUUCUGCAACACACUGGUGCGCUCGGCUCGCCAGUCUGUCCUUCGCUAUGGCACAGUUUCCAACAGUAAAACCAUCAAGAACUCCCGGCUCGUGAGUCAAAAAGAUGAUGUGCACGUUUGCAUCAUGUGCUUGAGGGCAAUCAUGAACUAUCAGUAUGGCUUCAAUAUGGUCAUGUCUCAUGCACAUGCAGUCAAUGAAAUUGCUCUCAGCUUGAACAAUAAGAACUCGCGGACAAAAGCUUUGGUUCUUGAGCUGCUGGCUGCCGUCUGUCUAGUCAGAGGAGGUCACGAGAUCAUCCUUUCAGCUUUUGACAACUUCAAAGAGGUUUGCAAAGAAAAGCAUCGCUUUGAGAGGCUGAUGGAUUACUUCCGCAGCGAGGAAGGAAACAUUGACUUCAUGGUCGCUUGCAUGCAGUUCAUCAACAUUGUGGUCCACUCGGUUGAGGACAUGAACUUUAGAGUCCAUCUGCAGUAUGAAUUCACCAAACUCGGACUGGAUGACUACCUGGAGAAAUCCAAACAUACCGAGAGUGACAAGCUGUCAGUGCAGAUCCAGGCCUACCUGGAUAACGUAUUUGAUGUGGGUGGGCUGCUGGAAGACGCGGAGACCAAGAAUGCAGCGCUGGAGAAGGUGGAUGAGCUGGAGGAGCACCUGUCACAUGUGACGGAGAAGCUGCUGGAGGUUGAGAAUGAAACAAUGAUGAAAGUAGCUGAUCUGGAGAAGCUGCUCCUUCAGAAAGAUAAGGACCUGCAAACAGUCCGGGAGACGUACGAGUCGACCAACACCCAGGUCAACACCCUGAGGAGGAUGAUCAAGGAGAAGGACGCUGCAUUCCAGAGGCACUUCAACAUCGAGAGGCGGCUGCUGGAGCUGGAACAACAGGGCACCAUCCGUCUGCACAAGAAACCUGACGGAGACAUCGCCAUUGAGCCGCUGGCUGUGGGCGGUGCGGGUGGUGUUGGCAGCAGUGGCCUUGGGAUCCCUUUGGGGGACAUUGGGCAGCUGUCUUUGGGUUCAACAGCUGGGCUGACAGAACCAGGAGGGCCAGACACCAGUUUACCUCCCGCCAGUGAAGCUCCUCCACCUCCUCCACCGCCUCCACCGCCUCCCCCUCCUCUGCCCUCUGCCUCAGGUCCAUGUGCUCCAGUCCCACCACCACCACCUCCUCUUGCUCCUCCUUUGCCAGAAGCUUCUCCUUCCGUUAUCUUGAGUUUGGGUCUGUCAGCCAUCAGAAUCAAGAAGCCCAUCAAGACUAAGUUCCGCCUGCCCGUAUUUAACUGGACGGCACUGAAGCCCAAUCAGAUCAAUGGCACAGUCUUCAAUGAGAUUGAUGAUGAACGUGUGCUGGAGGAGCUGGAUCUGGAGAGGUUCGAGGAGCUGUUUAAGACCAGAGCUCAGGGUCCAGUUGUGGAUCUGUCCUGCACAAAGAGCAAAGUUGCUCAGAAGGCGGUGAACAAAGUCACUCUUCUGGACGCCAACCGCUCCAAGAACUUAGCCAUCACACUGAGGAAGGCCAACAAGACCACAGAAGAGAUCUGCAAAGCGAUAGAGAAGUUUGACCUCAAGGCCUUACCUGUGGACUUUGUGGAGUGCCUGAUGCGUUUCCUGCCCACGGAGGGCGAGGUGAAGCUGCUGCGUCAAUAUGAGCGAGAGCGCCGUCCACUGGACCAGCUGGCGGAAGAGGAUCGCUUCAUGUUGUUAUUCAGCAAGAUCGAGAGGCUCACGCAGAGAAUGAACAUCAUCACCUUUGUUGGGAACUUUGCUGACAACGUCAACAUGCUCACACCACAGCUCAACGCAAUCAUCGCUGCUUCCGGCUCAGUCAAAUCCUCACCGAAGCUGAAGAGAAUGCUCGAGAUCAUCUUAGCCUUGGGCAACUACAUGAACAGCAGCAAACGGGGCUGUGUUUAUGGCUUCAAGUUACAAAGUCUUGACCUGCUGCUGGACACUAAGUCUACAGACAGAAAGAUGACAUUGCUCCACUACAUAGCUCUCAUUGUGAAGGAGAAAUACCCUGAGCUGGCAAACUUUCACAAUGAAUUGCACUUUGUGGAUAAAGCUGCAGCAGUAUCUCUGGAAAAUGUGCUGCUGGAUGUGCGAGAGCUGGGCAAAGGCAUGGACCUGAUCAGGAGAGAGUGCAGUCUACAUGACCACUCGGUCCUAAAAGGCUUUGUGCAUUCAAGUGACACACAGCUGGACAAACUGCAAAAAGACGCCAAAACAGCAGAGGAAGCCUUCGGCAGUGUGGUGAACUACUUCGGAGAGAGCGUCAAGACGACUCCACCCUCCGUGUUCUUCCCUGUGUUUGUGCGCUUCAUCAAGGCCUACAAGGAUGCAGUGGAAGAAAACGAACAGAGGAAAAAGCAAGAGGAAGCAAUGAGAGAAAAGUUACUGGCUCAGGAGGCUAAACAGCAUGACCCCAAGGUCCAGGCGCAGAAGAAGAGGCAGCAGCAGCAUGAGCUGAUCGCAGAGCUGCGCAAGCGGCAAGCCAAAGACCAUCGGCCUGUGUACGAGGGCAAGGAUGGUACUAUUGAGGACAUCAUCACAGUACUGAAGAGCGUGCCCUUCACAGCCCGCACUGCUAAACGCGGCUCACGGUUCUUCUGUGAAGCCAACCUCUGCGACGACGCCAACUGCUAGCCCUUCCCCCCUAAUGCCAAGGUUGUCCAGAUCUCCGAAACCAGCCUUUCCUGCGAGCUGACGCGUUGAUCCGGAGCGGUUGGAAGAGACCCUAAACCACUUAUUCGUCACUUAUACCCCCCUCCUCCUCUCUCCCGUCCCCGUUAUAACCCUCCUGCCUGUGUCCCAAUGGUCCAUCUCAACCCUGAGGCUGCAGAUCACAAAGACUGAAAAGGGAGGACAGGACAGAGCCCUUGUUUUAGCUGGGUAAUUUAUUUAUUUAUGGAGGCCCCUUUACAGCCACUUUAAGCGAGCAGGCAUCAUUACAGAAGCACAAUGGGCUGCUGCUCCUCUGUCACUGCAGGCGUAAGACUUUCCCUGCUCUGCUGGCACUGACAGAGUCAGAGGAUAAUCGCAGUGCAGGUGAGUGGAGGACUGUGGAACACAAUUUAGGAGGAAGAACUGUGCGUUCACUAACAAGUGUCUGCCAGCAUGUGGAUCUUCAUGUGGAUGUUCCCAAAACCCACUAAUUUCCUCAGAUUGCAGCUCUAAACUGGAACGCAGCCAAGACAAGUUGCCAAACUCUGCUGCUGGGAUGUCUGCCUCGAGGAAACUUGCAAAACCUUCCACCAAAUAACAGAGAAGCUUCGAUACUAUGACAUUUGUGGACCGUUUCAAAGCGUUGUUGAGUCUUUGCAACGCAUACAAUCAAGCCUUAACGUUGACAACGGUGUAUUUGGAUUGUAUCUUGGAGGAGAGGCCAUGACUUUUUACUGGUUCUUCUGGACGAGCUAGCCAAACCAAAACUUCUCAAAAUGUUUCAUGAUUUGCUUUAAGAAGUGCCUUUUGUGUAAACAGUGUUAUUUCUCACGAGUCAGCCAUAAUUUGUCUGUCUUUCAUUCGUUAAAGAUUGUAUUUUUUACUGCCUUGUACUAUUGCUAAUGUUUGCCUUAUAAUACGGACAAUAUGCAAGUUGAAAGUUCAGGCUUUAAAGGCGCAACUAGAGGGUAGAUUAUUAUUUUUAUUAUUUACCUCUCUAGCACAUCAGUGUCUUUAAUCUCAGCUUACAUGAGAGCCCUUAUGUCUUAGCGCCUUGUCCAAGUAAUGACUGAAUACUGAAUGUUAUUGCACCUCGACAACACUCCCUGUCACACCUAAAGUGACAUUCGGGAAGUGACAAAUGUAUGAAGAGUUCACACAGACUGCUGUUGAAGGGUGAUGUUGGGUUAACCUGCUCUACAUGUGUUAAUAGAUGAAGGAUGAAGGGCGCUUUAAGCUUUUACAAUCUGUUUUUAAUACAGGUGAUGCGUUUCUUCGUAACAGUUGUUGAGACUUACAUUGGCACAAAGGGAGCGAAACAUCUUCACACUACUUAAUUUGACUCGGCAUUGUAUGAGACACUAUUCUUUAAAUGGACAUUUAUAUUCAUGUACAUUGAAAAAAUCAAGAAAUUGUACUUUUUAGGAGAAAUUAUCCUUGGGUAUUGUCAAUUGACUGAAAGAUGACACUUCUCGUUUAAUAAAUAUGAUGAAUUACUACAAGAGCAAA